AGGGCCUCGGGUACUUCGCACGGUACGUCAAGCCCACGCCAAUCUUGUUGCCAAUCAAUAUCUUGGAGGAGCGGUUGCGAUAUUCGCCUUCGGUUCAGCCAGAGGGUCGUGCGCCGAAGCGGACUUCACCAAGCCGCUCAGCCUGAGCUUCAGGCUCUUCGGGAACGUGCUCGCCGAUGAGCUCACUGUGGCAGUCCUCACUUUCCUGGUCCCGUUCGUGAUCCCCCUUCCCAUCAUGGCGCUGGGCAUCUUCGCCGGCUCCAUCCAGGCGCUGAUCUUCGCCACUCUGGCGUCGGCGUACAUCGCCGAGGCGAUCGAGUGAAUGAGGUUGCCGCACUCUUCGGCAGGGGGUAGACUGGUCAAGCUUUCUGCGUGGAUGUGCGCAUUAUACGUGGUGCUAGCGUAGCUCCUGGAAUUGGUUGUGCCCCUCUCUUGACUGUGCUCCUCCCUCCCGCCUCGUUCGCCCUCCGACCCCUCCCUGGUGGCGCCGGGCGCCCCCGCAGGCGGCCGCGGGCGGCUGCGGCUGCGGGCCCCCUGCGCGCUUGCAGCGCCGGUGGCGGCCCGCAGUGCUUUUGGUAUUUGUUAGCACCUCGCCCGCGCGGCGUGGCUCGCGCGCGCGCGAA